AGUGCACCUUUGGGUAUCCUCAAAGUCGGGUCCGAAUCAAUGUCUCAGUAGCUGAAACGACUUUGCCCGGAUCGGUUGAACGGUGAUUUUCUAUAUUAGUGACUGUUUGGAUGUUUAGUGAACAGAUCGUUAAUCUGGAGUUUUGUGCAAAUUGUGCUAGGAAUGAAGCUCACCGUGAUUGUAUCUAAGUCGCACAAAGAAAGUCAUUUCAUGAUCAACUAAUAGUUCGGAACAGAUCUAGUUACGAUAGCGAGUGUUUGAAGUGAAUCGAUACAUUCCCACGUUUUACGAUCCUAUAUUUGAAUGCAAUUUGCCUUGGAAAAUCAAAUAUAUCAACGAACGUUGGUGAUGCUAAUGGGCAUUGAUGAACUAGUUUCAGUUGAUUCGUGAACGUCGGAGAAACAACCAAAAGUGGAUCACGUUCAGUGUCACGAUGUUUAAGAUUUUGCUGGCAAUCGCCGGGUUCUUCCUGCUCGUUUGGUAUUACCUAUUUCGAAGAUCGCGCCGCCGGAUGUACGAACUGGCGGCCAAAAUACCUGGCCCUCUGGAUUGGCCCCUGAUCGGUGCGAUCCACAUCGGAAUUGGGCGCGGUCCAACGGAAAUCUUCAACUACCUGUUCCAAUAUAUGCACACACUCCGAUCGCCGAUACGGGCCUGGUUCGGACACCUGCUGGUCAUCCUCAUCGACGAGCCGGAACAUUUGGCCGUGAUUUUGAACUCGCAAGACUGUCUGAAAAAGUCGUACGUGUACCGCUUCGUGGGCUUCGAAAAGGGUCUCUUCAAUGCCCCACCAGAACUGUGGCGUGUUCUGCGGAAACAGUUAAACACCUCGUUCUCAAACGCGGCCACCAAAAGUUUCGUGCCAGUGUUCAACGAAAAAUCCGACAACCUUGUGUCGAAUCUGCGCCACCACGUUGGACGCGGACAGUUCGAUUUCCUGGCCAUUGCUGGGGAAUACUCGCUGUCGACGUCAUCGGUCAACGCGUUGGGAUUGGAUCUGGACAACGACCAAAGUGACUACAAGAAGCGCUACCUGGAGAACGGAGAGAAAAUGUUCACGCUGAAAUUCACCCGCAUCUACAAGGCUUGGCUGCACCCGCAGUCGAUUUACAAAUGGACCGCCAGUUACCGCGAGGAGAUAAGGCGGCUCAAAUUCUUCCAGAACAUGUCACGCAAUAUUUUUGAAACCCGCAAGCGCAUGCGCCUUACCAACCCAGAGUCCUUUAGCGCAGCCGAACGGGACGAGGACAACGUGCGCCGACCCCAGCUGUUCAUCGAGCGCCUAGAGAAGAUGUACUUCGAGUCGAAGACCACCGACGACGAGGGGGUCAUCGAGAACCUGGACACGUUCCUGUUCGCCAGCAACGACACCACGGCUUCGCUCGUCUCGACGACGCUGCUCCUGCUGGCCAUGUACCAGGACGUCCAGGAGCGGCUGUUCCAGGAAAUCCGGGACACACUCCCGAACGACUUUAUCGAGUACGAAGAUCUGGCCAAGCUGACCUACCUGGACAUGGUGCUGAAGGAAACGAUGCGCCUCAUUCCGGUGGUGGCCGUGGUGGCGCGUGAAAACGAGAAGGAAAUUCAAAUUGGCGAGUACACCAUUCCGGCCAACACGCAGAUCGUGGUGCCGAUCAUCAAGGUGCACCGGGACAAGAACAUCUGGGGCGAGCGGGCCGACGAGUUCGAUCCGGAGAACUUUUCGCCGGAGAAUUGCGUCAAACGGCACCCGUACGCGUUCAUUCCGUUCAGCGGUGGCAUUCGGAACUGCGUCGGAAUCAAGUACGCGUACGUUUCGCUGAAGAUUGCGCUGAUCAAGCUGAUCAAGAGUUACAAAUUUUCCACCACCCUCAAAUUAUGUGACCUAGAGUAUCACGCAUCAAUGGUAAUGCGGGUGGUGAAUGGGUAUCUAGUGAGUAUAGAACAGCGAGUGGAAAGUUCUCACCAACCAACUGUUGAUCAAUGAAAGUGGCGCAAUCUUUCUUUUAAGUAGUGAGAUAAUUUAGCUGUAAUUUAACAUUGUCAGUCUGAAACAAUCAAAAUCACAUCAUUAUUCAAUACACAAUACAUUCAGAACAGCUUUCUAAAAGUAAUAACUGUCUACCCAAGUUGUAAGUAAAUACUUGCCGUGAAAGUAAUUUGAAUACAAACAUUAUUUAACACAAGCAAUCAUAACAGUGCGACGGUUUAGACUAUCAGAUUAAACUCAUUGAAAGAAAUUAAAGAUCGAGUCGCACGAUGAACACUGUUUGUAAUCAAUCAACCUACGCAGUGUUGGGAAAAGUUUUUCUCCCAUAGAAAAUAAACAACUUUCUACACAAUCACUAUAUUCCAUUGAGAUGCGACGUGCUAGCAUCUGAGCCCCAUUUUGUGUUUUUUUGUUAUGUUUUGUAAUAUUUUUAUAAGUGUAGUGUAGCAUCGUCGUGAUCGUGCCAUGUUAUCGCAAGUGAUCUGAGUCGAUCUGUAAACGUGAAGGUAUAUCUAGGAGGUGUAUUUAAGAAGUUCAAUUGCACACGGAGAAAAAGAGUUUCCAAAAUCGUGAACACCAGUUCAUGAAAAUGGGAACCACGAGCAAAGUGUUCAAAUGCCAUGGUACGAUUUUCAAAAACGUACCAUGGAAUUUGAACACUUUGUUCGUAGUUCCCAAUUUCAUGAACGGGUGUUCACGAAUUUGGGAACUCUUUUUUCUCCAUGUAUAGCCUUUCCUCAGUGAGGGAGGCAAAAAAACCGAACUAGGGAAACAAGUGGCUUCUCUUAGGCUCUAUUUGUAACUUUUAUUGUAAAUUAAGAUUAUAUUUUAUUGCUUGUUUAAUUUAUUUAUCAAGGAAUACAAUGAAACCCCGAUGGUUUGACAUCAAUCGUUGUCAAACAAACGGGGUCACUUUUUAGUUUGACACCCUCUUUACGCAGAGCUCACACCAACUACCAGGCAAUUGGUUUGGUAGUAAACAUGAGCCCCGUGUAAAAAGGAAUAAUUCGUUACUUUUUAGUUUGACUUUGUCAAACCAACGGGGUUCAAACUAAAAAAGUGACCAACCACCGGGGAGUGUACAAUUUCCAUUAUUUUUUAAUCAAGACCAUUAAUUAAAAAUCUUAAUAAAGUUAUUAAGAAACGUGAUAAUAUUAAACAAUAUAACACUUGUUCGAUAUGAAACAUUGAAUUUGAAUCUGAUAAGUUUUUUCAUUGGUAAGUAUUUUUUUAUUUAAAUUGUCCAGGAAACCACACAGUGAUAAGACAAAAUAAAAUAUAUAAGAGGAUUAAAUAAAAUAAAGUUUUAAAGCCAAUAAAGUGCUCUCUUUAUUUAAAUAUUUAGAGCUUAGAUGCCGGUAUGCUCUUCAAAAGAAAGGGGGUCAAGAAACAGCUUUACGAACGGCUGGACCAAUUAGAGGGAACGUUUUCUUGGGGCUUUUCUUCACCCUCUCUAGGCUGCUUUCACUACCGCUGCUUCUCAUUUGAAAUUUAUCUUGACCGGUUUCUUCCGAAGUGCAUACCUUACAUAAACAAUAAAACUAAUCCAUUUUUUUGUCUGUUAUUUAAAUUAUAAUCAUGCCUGUUAUUAUAAAUUAGUACCGUCAUCUAAGGGCGAAUCGGGAUUGCAGUCUGAAUAGGAACAGCAUUGUUUAGAGUAUACUUACAGGUUUUAAAUUUGGAAAUGGGUGUACAAUUUUUGUUGGUCUGAGUCUGUUCUAUCCGAAACCAGCCAGAAAAAUAAAAAUGUUGUGCUCUGACAUGGUCAAAACUGAUGUCCCAAUUCACCCCAUGUGUCCCAAUUCGCCCCAGUUGACGGUUAUCUUGUAAAUACACAAAGUUCGCACGCAUCAUUGCGUAGUAAACUAAAAUAUAAAUUCAUGUGUGUUACAUUGUAAUUCAGCUUCUAAAAAACGUGUACUGCGAAACAGGUCAAAGAUUGCACUGAUCGAUAGCAUUAAAAAGAAAAUUAGGUCCACUAGGGUGGAAUAGAACAUUACUUUUUUCAGCAACACAUUUUUGGGUCACGUUUGUGUUAUAU